CUUUGCCACAUACACGUCUACCAUCAGAACAAUGCCUGACGUAUAACAGCUGGCACAACGGGCCUUCGAUGACAGGGCAUGACAAGAUCUUCUCCUCAUCCUGAUCAGCACACGCCUGGUGGCGACAGAAGGAAGACGGCAGCACUGAUGGACGCGCAUCUAGUUCGCCUCAGUCCUAUUGAGUACUGCCACAGGCAGCCGAAUUCUUCGGACACAUAUAUGCAAGUAUUUAUGGGGUGUCACUCAUGCUUGACACAUGGUAACCUGCACCCCAUCUAUCUCGCCCGCACGCCAUGGAGUCAAGGAGCCUCGCUGUCGAGCUCAUCUACCAUAUCAUCGACCACCUCUGGGACGACCGAGACACGCUCGUCGCCUGCAGUCUGGCCUCGCGUGCGUUGCUCCCUGCCACGCGUUACCACCUUUUCCAUACCGUGAAGCUAUCGCGGCCGUCUGACAGCACCCGAUUACGCAGUGUCCUGGACGGCUCCGCUGUCCGAGGCUCUGACGUCGCGUACUACGUGCGCGAGUUGCGUAUCACGCCUGAGCUGACCUACUAUGGCUCCGACAAAUGGGAGGGUUGUAACCUCUCAGAGAUACUGCAGAGGGUCAAGGGAGUUGAAUGCCUUCGGUUGGGGCCGCUCAACUGGCAAUCCCGCUUCAUAGAGGGUGCUGGGCAAUUGUUACUCUCCUUCACACAGCUGGAAACACUUUUCCUGGAAGAUGUCUACUUCGACGAGCUUGACGACAUGCUCCACUUUCUGUCAGUAUACCCGAAUCUAAGCACGCUACACCUUCUGCGGUGUCUUUGCAAGCAGAUCACGUACCCUUCGGCAUUCCCAGCGUCCCCGCAACUCGAAGCUGGUACAAAUCGCCUCCAGGAGCUGGUGUUCCACGGGCUUCCGCCAUGCUAUUCCAGCAGGGUAGUGCAAUGGCUAGACAGCUCAUCUCGCCUCCGCCUGCGCAAGCUGCAGUGGCUGUGCAACAAACACGGAGACGAGCAGGCCGGCUUGGUCACGCUGCUCCGAAAUCAGCGCGUCGCCGCCUACCUCGAGCACUUGUACAUCGAGGUCAUCCAUUUUGACGGGAAACCCCGUAUCACGUCUGACGACGAUACGCUCGAUUUAUCCAGCCUCACAUCUGUGCGCGACAUCUCCCUCGAGAUCGGGCCGUACUCGCGCGACGUGUUGUGGCUCCCCCAGAUCGGGGCUAUCCCCUCCCGCAUGCUACGGCAGAUCCGCUUUGUUGUCUGGGGCCGCGAUAUCCGCUACUGCCGCUCGUUCUACGAGGGCCUGACUGACUGGGCGUCCUUGGACGCGGCGCUAGCAGGCGCUAUCGGGACACGCUGGCCGGAGUUGACAGUGGUAUUUGAGGUACGCUGGUAUGGCGCUGGGGAAGGCAUCACGCCUAAGGUUGUCGAUCUGUUUGGCGAGCUCCUCCCAAAUACGCAUGCAAAGGGUGCGCGCAUUGAGGUGUUGUACAGCGGCCCGCGCGAGCAGUUGGUCGGGUACCGUGCGUAGAAUGCAAGCAUGCUUAGCAGGCCCGACGCAUCAUUAUCGAUGACAUCCCACUUCGAUUGCCUUGGACUUUCUUGUCUGAAUGAGUAAAUAAAAUAUGCAGCGUAUCUCUUCGUAUGUCUCACACUUGAGAAUAAAUAUCCGAGAAUGUCGAUAUCACUUGAUCGGG